CAUUUUUUUUCUCAGAUCCUCUACAACCGGACCAUGGUCCAGUUGGGCAUCUGCGCCUUCCGCCAGGGCCUGAUCAAGGACGCCCACAACGCCCUGCUGGACAUCCAGAGCUCGGGCCGGGCCAAGGAGCUGCUGGGGCAGGGUCUCCUCCUGCGGAGCCUCCAGGAGCGCAACGCGGAGCAGGAGAAGGUGGAGAAGCGGCGCCAGGUCCCGUUCCACAUGCACGUCAACCUGGAGCUGCUCGAGUGCGUCUACCUGGUGGCGGCCAUGCUGCUGGAGAUCCCCUACAUGGCCGCCCACGAGUUCGACGCGCGCCGAAGGAUGAUCAGCAAGCAGUUCCACCACCAGCUGAGGGUCGGGGAGAGGCAGCCGUUGCUCGGUCCCCCCGAGUCGAUGCGGGAGCACGUGGUGGCCGCCUCGAAGGCGAUGAAAACGGGCGACUGGCGCCGCUGCCACCGCUACGUCGUCAACGAGAAAAUGAACGGGAAGGUCUGGGAUUUGUUCCCCGAGGCCGACCAGGUGCGCGCCAUGCUCGUCAGGAAGAUCCAGGAGGAAUCUCUGCGCACGUACCUGUUCACCUACAGCAGCGUCUACGACUCCAUCAGCAUGGAGACGCUGGCGGCCAUGUUUGAGCUGGACCUGCCCACGGUGCACGGAAUCAUCAGCAAAAUGAUCAUCGGGGAGGAGCUGAUGGCCUCUCUGGACCAGCCCACGGCCACGGUGAUGAUGCACCGCACGGAGCCCACGGCCACGCAGAAUUUGGCGCUGCAGUUGGCGGAAAAACUUGGGAAUUUGGUGGAGAACAACGAGCGUGUGCUGGACCAGCGCCAGGGCGCCUACGGCGGCUACUUCCGGGACCAGAAAGAUGGCGGUUACCGCAAGGGUGAUGGGUACCUGCGGCGCGGCGGCUUCCGGCAGGAGCGCGGCAACUACUGAGGCUGCUCUGCCCCACUGAGGCCUGGUGUGACCUAUAGAUCCAUCUCUGCCCCAUAGAUCCCAUCCUGCCCUAUAGAUCCCAUCCUGACCCACUGAGGCUGCUCUGCCCCACAGCGGCCUGGUGUGACCCAUAGAUUCCAUCCUGACCCAUAGAUCUGCCCCAUAGAUCCCAUCCUGCCCCACUGAGGCCUAGUGUGCCCCAUAGAUCCAUCCCUGCCCCAUAGAUCCAUCCCUGCCCCACAGAUCCAUCCCUGCCCCAUAGA